AAACAGGCCUAUCACUGCAAAGUAGACAUCGGCACCAAUGAACCGGCGGUGCUCUCACUCCUGGCCUUCCCUCAGGCGACCAAACGCAACAAACCCGCCAUUGAGGUCGGCGACGCCGUCUACGCCCAGAUCACCACCGAGUGUCCCGAUAUUGAGGCCGAGUUGGUGUGCGUUAAUAGCGAGCAAAAGUCCGGCGGUCUGGGAGUGCUGUCCAGCGAUGGCUAUGUCCUGACGGUUCCCAUCAGUAUUGUCCGCCGUCUGUUAGCGCCCGACUCGCAAGUGAUCCGCACUUUGGGCUCCAAAUAUAAGUUUGAGAUCUCGUGCGGAAUGAAUGGCAGGAUUUGGAUUCGGGCUAAGAAUUUGGACACCACUCUAACGAUUGUCAACUUUAUCGAGUCGUUAGAGCACAUUCCCAAAUGCCAGUACCAGCACGUGGCCGACCAACUGGUCCAGGGCUUUGAACCGGUGGUCAGACAAUGAAUUGGCCAUUCAUUCAAUUCAUUUAUACACUAUAUUUGAUUGUUUUUUAAAGAAUAUCUCAUAUUCUAUGCAAAUAUGUGUCGUUUAUAUUUGUAUUUUUGUGUAAUAAACUCAUUGUUAAAAUGUUUAAA